CUUGUACACUGAAGCCAUUGUCAGCAGGGGACAAUAACAGUAAGGAGGGGUCCGGCCAGAGAAGCCUGACUCGUCAGCGCUUUUCAGCCUCAAAUCGGGAAAGAGACUGUGAAUGCAAACCUAGCCCGAACCGACUUCAGCAGAGAUACUGUUAGUUUGAUGCAUGUUAGUUUACAUUUAUGGCAUUUGGCAGAUGCCAUUGUCAAGAAUGUUUUAGAUAUGUAGCACUAUACCCGUAUGUGUGCUCUCUGGGAAUCAAAGCCAUGAUGCUGGUGUUUCUAACGCCUUACUCUACCUAGUGUAGCAGCAGUUGUUAAUGGACCAGCUGUGUGUGGUGCCACUGUUAGAAUGGGACCGAGCAUCUCAGGACCAGAGUCCCACGUUACUUCAGAUGACGGAUUUGGAAACAUAAAGACGCUUGUGGAGGACCAGCUUCAGACCAGCAUGGUGGUGGGAAUAGUGCUCGGCGCUGGCAUCGCCAUAGUCUUCAUCGCCAUUCUCAUCUUCUUCGUCCUGCGCAGGAUUCAGCUUCGAAACCUCGCGGCGCAGGAAGCUCCGAAGUACCGCUUCCGUAAGCGAGACAAGGUUCUGUUCUACGGCAGGAAGAUCAUGCGGAAGGUGUCUCAGUCCACCUCCUCUCUGGUUGGCACCUCCUCCUGCUCCCGCCCGCGGCUGAAGAAGAAGCAGAAGAUGCUCAACAUUGCAAAAAAGAUCCUGCGCUUUAAGAAGGAGGUCCCCACCUUGCAGAUGAAGGAGCCUCCUCCCUCCGUGCUGGAGGCCGACCUCACGGAGUUCGACGUGGCCAACUCGCACCUUCCCUCGGAGGUGCUCUACAUGCUGAAAAACGUGCGUGUAUUAGGACACUUUGAGAAGCCGUUGUUUCUGGAACUGUGCAAGCACAUGGUGUUCUUGCAGUUCCAGCAGGGUGAGUACGUCUUCAGGCCCGGACAGCCAGACAGCAGCAUCUACGUGGUGCAGGAUGGCAAACUGGAGCUGUGCCUUACUGGACAGGAUGGGAAGGAUGGCGUGGUGAAGGAGGUAUACCCUGGAGAUUCUGUUCAUAGUCUCUUGAGCAUUCUUGAUGUCAUCACAGGUCACCAGCGGCCAUACCGGACGGUUUCUGCCCGAGCUGCAGAGGUGUCCACUGUGCUGCGCCUGCCUGUCGAGGCCUUUCUGACCAUCUUUGAGAAGUAUCCUGAGAGUCUAGUGCGCGUUGUACAGAUUAUCAUGGUGAGACUGCAGAGGGUGACUGUUCUGGCACUGCACAACUACCUGGGCCUAACUAAUGAACUGUUCAGCCAUGAGAUGCAGCCCCUGCGUCUACCCGCCCUCUCCCCGCACGCCACCCGCACCAGCCCCGUGCGCCACGGAAAACGCUUCAGCAGUCUCACGGUGCCAGAGGAUCAGCGGGACUCGGCCGUGCGCGACGCCAGCGGGGAUCAUGGGAAAGAAGGCGGAGUCAUCCCCACCCUCAGCAGAGCUAUCUCUAUGCCUGUGGACAUUGCUGGAAUGCAAAAGAGUCUGCGUUCGGAUUUCGACAUGGCCUAUGAGAGAGGACGCAUAUCCGUGUCUGCCGAAGAUGGAAUACCCAUGCCACCCACAUUCACACGGUCUCAGGACCAGCGGGAGAAGAGGGUGACCCUAGAUGACGUUCCUUCCAGUGUGUAUUUAUACUCGGAGGAGGAGGUGGGCCUAGAGAAUGUUUACGCCCCGUUGCCUGGACGACACUAUGCUGCCCUGUUUGAGGAGGCUCAGAAAGAGAUCCUCAGGCUCAUGAGAAUUGAGGACCCUUCUCUGCUGAACGGGCGGGUGACCCUGCACCACGCCAAGGCCGGAGCCGUGCUGGCCAGGCAGGGGGACCAGGACGUGAGUCUGCACUUUGUGCUGUCGGGCUGCCUGCACGUGUACCAGCGCAUGAUUGACAAGCAGGAGGACGUGUGCCUGUUCGUCACGCAGCCGGGCGAGAUGGUGGGCCAACUGGCCGUGUUGACGGGGGAGCCCCUCAUCUUCACCAUCCGCGCUGUCCGCGACUGCACCUUUCUCAAGAUCUCCAAGUCCGACUUCUACGAGAUAAUGCGGGAGCAGCCCAGUGUGGUCCUGAGUGCGGCACACACUGUGGCCAUCCGCAUGUCUGCCUUUGUGAGGCAGAUGGACUUCGCAAUAGACUGGAUGGCUGUGGAGGCGGGGCGCGCCCUCUACAGGCAGGACGAUCAGUCAGACUGCACCUACAUUGUCCUGAACGGCCGUCUGCGCUCCGUCAUCCGGAAGGCCAAUGGGAAGAAGGAACUGGUGGGGGAGUAUGGAAGAGGAGACCUUAUCGGGGUGGUAGAGGCAUUGACCAGGCAACCCCGGGCAACCACAGUGCAUGCAGUCAGAGACACAGAACUGGUUAAGCUGCCAGAGGGAACCCUGAACAACAUUAAGAGGCGUUAUCCUCAGGUUGUUACUCGGCUGAUCCAUCUAUUGGGCCAGAAGAUCCUUGGGAACCUUCAGCAGACGCGUGGACCUUUCUCAGGCUCAGCACUGGGUCUACCCAGCAUGCCGUCCAGCCCUGAUGUCACCAACCCAGCCAGUAACCUCUCCACUGUGGCUGUACUUCCUGUUUGUGACGAAGUACCGAUCAACGCGUUCAACCUGGAGCUCAGCCAUGCCCUCAGCGCCAUAGGUCCCACGCUGCUACUGACGAGCGACAUUAUAAAGGAGAGGCUCGGUGCCUCAGCCUUGGACAGCAUUCAUGAGUACAGGUUAUCUGGCUGGUUGGCCCAGCAGGAGGACAUUAACCGCAUAGUUCUGUACCAGACAGACAACAGUAUGACUCCCUGGACCCAGCGCUGCAUCAGGCAGGCAGACUGCAUCCUCAUUGUGGGCCUGGGGGACCAGGAGCCCACUCUCGGCCAGCUGGAGCAGAUGCUGGAGAACACAGCGGUGCGGGCCCUGAAGCAGCUGGUCCUGCUGCACCGUGAAGACGGGCCGGGCCCCUCCAGAACCGUGGAGUGGCUGAACAUGCGCAGCUGGUGUUCUGGUCACCUGCACCUCAGGUGCCCCCGCCGGGUCUUCUCCCGUCGCAGUCUUACCCGACUGAGGGAGAUGUAUGAGAAGGUGUUUGAGAAGACCGCAGACCGACACAGUGAUUUCUCCCGUCUGGCUCGAGUCCUCACGGGAAACAGCAUUGCUCUGGUGCUAGGCGGGGGAGGGGCUAGGGGCUGCUCGCACGUGGGCGUGAUCAAAGCCAUGGAGGAGGCGGGGAUUCCCAUUGACUUGGUGGGCGGGACUUCAAUCGGUUCUUUCAUUGGUGCACUGUACGCAGAAGAAAGGAGUGCUGUUCGGGUGAAGCAGCGAGCGAGAGAGUGGUCGAAGGCAAUGAACUCGGUGUUCAAAACAGUGCUGGAUCUAACUUAUCCCAUUACCUCCAUGUUCUCGGGCUCCGCUUUCAACACCAGCAUUUCCAAAGUUUUCGAAGACAAGCAAGCUGAGGACUUGUGGCUGCCUUAUUUCAAUGUCACCACUGACAUCACAGCAUCUGCGAUGCGGGUACAUAAAGACGGCUGUGUGUGGCGCUAUGUUAGAGCCAGUGCCUCCUACACCCCUUAUUUACCUCCUCUCUGCGACCCCAAGGACGGCCACCUCCUCGUUGAUGGUUGCUAUGUAAACAAUGUCCCAGGCUCUCUGUGGCGCUAUGUGAGGGCGAGCAUGACCCUGUCCGGGUAUCUGCCGCCCCUAUGCGACCCCAAAGAUGGCAACCUGCUCAUGGAUGGCGGAUACAUCAACAACUUACCAGCGGACAUUGCUCGGAACAUGGGUGCCAAAACGGUGAUCGCCAUCGACGUGGGCAGCCAGGAUGAGACCGACCUCUGUAACUACGGCGACAGCCUGUCCGGCUGGUGGUUGCUGUGGAAACGGAUCAAUCCAUGGGCGGAGAAAGUGAAGGUUCCCGACAUGGCUGAGAUCCAGUCGCGGCUGGCCUACGUGUCAUGCGUACGGCAGCUGGAGGUGGUCAAAAAGAGCGGCUACUGCGAGUACAUCCGGCCGCCCAUCGACCGCUUCAAGACCAUGGACUUCGGCAAGUUUGACGAGAUCUAUGACGUGGGCUACCAGCACGGUAAGCUGCUGUUCACCGGCUGGGCGCGUGGUGACAUCAUCGAGAACAUGCUCAAGGACCACCGCUCGGCCGACUACAACGACAGCAAGAAGGCCGACAGCUACACGUGUCCUGGUGCUGACUUCACCGACCUGGCUGAGAUUGUGUCCAGGAUCGAUCCAGUGCUGAGCUACAUGGGAGCAGAUGCAGAAGAGUCUGAUGGUCUCACAGAAUAUGAGGAGGACGGGAUGGACACAGUGAGGGAGGAGGAAGGUGAGGAAGAAGAAGAUGAGGCUGACGAUCCCGAAGACCACUCACCCGGAGACUGGGGCGCUAAUAGUGUCUUUCAGGAAGACGAGAACAAGUCCAUCCGUCAGAGGAGAAGUAAUCCCAGCGACUCAAACACGUGCUCUGAGCUGUCCGACUGCUGACAGGAAGUGAUGUGCCGCCAUCGCCAAGAGGCAUGAAACAGAAGCAGAGCCCCCUGUGCAGUUCCGGAGUGGAUGGGUGGAGAGGAGAGUUGGAGGAAGAUGGAGAGAGAUCGACCAAAGAUAACCCUGCUGUGUAAAGUACAGCACCACCACUAAACCCAAGCGCAGAGCCACAGUGUGGCGUGCGCUCCAUUUGGUUGGGCCUUUCUCACUGCAGCACUUAAUGAGUGGUGGGGGUCCAUAAUAGGAGGUAACUCUACCUUCAUUUAGCAGUUCUACUAAACCCCACCCCCCCAAAAAAACCCACCAGUCCCAGGCAACGGCCUCAGUGAUUGCAAAGAAUUUCUACUGUCCUGGUCAUGUCCUUGUUUCAUCUGCUGUGGCAACUGUCUAUCACCACUGUUGGAACGCUGUGUGUGUGUGUGUGUGUGUGUGUGUGUGUGUGUGUGUGUGUGUGUGUGUGUUUGUUUGUGUGGGGAAAUAGUUCUCUUAGAGGUGAGAGAAUGUUCACAGUGCUAGAAUGAACUACACUGUAAGCAGUCGCAAGUGGUUCUGGUAUGUUCUGGAGUCCUUGAAACCUAGAAUAUUUGCUUCCAUAAAACAGUGUGCAUUUGGGUUUUUCUAUCUUCAGGAAAGCAAAUGGUUAACUGCAGGCUAUUGGCAAACCAUCAGAUCAUCACCACUUGUUCUUUUCAGUAUAUCUUGCUAAAAAUCUCCAUGCCAUUGUACAUCCCAUAAUAUGUUUAGGAAAGGUGCCUGUAACAGUAGAAGCAGGUUUUAAUAAUGGAAUGGAAAGUGACAGGAGAGAGGCUGCAAUCCAGCGUGGAGUAUUUACUGCUGAUACUGAGAAUCAUAGGAGUGAUUUAAUAAUAGAAGGUUUGAGAAAUGGAAAGAGCUUUAAGGUUAUUUUAGAAGUGCAAAACCUAAAAAACCCCCAUUUUUUUCCAGAGCCCAGUGCUAUUUAAAUGGUCAAAUGCUUGGUUGUAGAGUGACGCGGGGGAAAAAAAAACCUGUGAUGGACCUUCAUGGGGAGCAUAAGAAUUUUAGCAAUAUCAUGUCUCGGAUUAUUUUGUGAAUUAUGAACAGGUAUUUUUGUGUACUUUCCCAAAAAAAAAAAA